AUGAUGGAUUUUGAUGAGCGUGGUCCCUGCUCCUCUAACAUGUAUUUGCCAAGUUGUACUUACUACGUCUCGGGUCCAGAUUUCUCCAGCCUCCCUUCUUUUCUGCCCCAGACCCCGUCUUCGCGCCCAAUGACAUACUCCUACUCUUCCAACCUGCCCCAGGUCCAACCCGUGCGCGAAGUGACCUUCAGAGAAUACGCCAUUGAGCCCGCCACUAAAUGGCACCCCCGCGGCAAUCUGGCCCACUGCUACUCCGCGGAGGAGCUCGUGCACAGAGACUGCCUGCAGGCGCCCAGCGCGGCCGGCGUGCCUGGCGACGUGCUGGCCAAGAGCUCGGCCAACGUCUACCACCACCCCACCCCCGCCGUCUCGUCCAAUUUCUAUAGCACCGUGGGCCGAAACGGCGUCCUGCCACAGGCUUUCGACCAGUUUUUCGAGACGGCCUACGGCACCCCGGAAAACCUCGCCUCCUCCGACUACCCUGGGGACAAGAGCGCCGAGAAGGGGCCCCCGGCAGCCGCGGCGACCUCCGCGGCGGCGGCGGCGGCGGCGGCGGCGGCAGCGGCCACGGGCACGCCGGCAACUUCAAGUUCGGACAGCGGCGCCGGCGGCUGCCGGGAGGCGGCGGCGGCGGCGGAGGAAAAGGAGCGGCGGCGGCGCCCCGAGAGCAGCAGCAGCCCCGAGUCGUCUUCCGGCCACACUGAGGACAAGGCCGGCGGCUCCAGUGGCCAACGAACCCGAAAAAAGCGCUGCCCCUACACCAAGUACCAGAUCCGGGAGCUGGAGCGGGAGUUCUUUUUCAGCGUGUACAUCAACAAAGAGAAGCGCCUGCAGCUGUCUCGAAUGCUCAACCUCACUGACCGUCAAGUCAAAAUCUGGUUUCAGAACAGAAGAAUGAAGGAAAAAAAAAUUAACAGAGACCGUUUACAGUACUACUCGGCCAACCCGCUCCUCUAA